GUGGAAUAUUGAAGUUCACCAGCUGGAAGGCGGUUGCUCCACCCUGAGACAACUUUCAAUCGCUGGCCGCUUCAGCUGCAAACCAACACUUGGUGAGGUUUUUGUGAUGGCGCUGACAGGGGCAAGACUUGACUGUCCAAACAAGAUGCAGAACGGGGACGAGAAGUCUGCAGCUGAACAGUCUCUCACUGAUCUGCCCCUCGACCCUCUGAGUGCCCUCUUUAGCAGUAAUACUACCUGCCUGGCUAAGAUCGCCAUCAUGCUCCAGUACGCUCCAUUCAAGAUGCUGACUUUUAGACAGUUGAAAGACAAGCUUUCAGUAAUCUUUAAAGAUGGAAGACUUGCUGACAACAGCAUCAGAUGGUACCUAUCAGGCUACAAAUGUUUUGUGAGGAUUCCAGGUAUACUGAAUCGUAAGGCUUGGUACUGGAUGCUGGACACCAGCCACAUAACAACAGAGAUGGUGUCUGAACACUUCUUAGAAAUUCUGCACCUCUUCCCUGGUCUAGCCUGCAGACUGGAGAAGGAGAACCCGACCAGACCAUCUGCUCCUCUCCACUCGCCAGAACCUGUACCCUGCAGUGCUUUUCACAUCAAACCUGACGUGAAGUUCAGUGGCCCUUUCUCCAUUGACUCCAUUCUGAAGGGAGACAGCACCUCUGCUCAGGCCUACAGAGCUUCUCCCCCAUCCAGUCUGCCAUUCAGGGUGGAGCACCCAUUUCAGCUUACGCAGCAACAGCAACCUGGGACUAAGAGGUGCUUCAGCUGGGACUCGGAUGAACAUUUCAUCCUUAAAGCUGGAAGUUCCCCUGUCUGCACAGGAGGGGGCAGGACACACCAUGGGGCCAUUACUGAUGGAGCUGCUAAACCCAUCAAGAGGAUACCAAUGUAUCCUCCUCCUUCAUUCCUAGUUCACCCAAGAGCAAGUCCUGCCCCUUUUUUCACCAGCCCGCAGAGCAGUGGCAUAACUUACACCGUUCCAGCACUUACCCACAAUGUUCUCCAUUUUUGAUAGUAAAAAUAUUCUUAUUUACAGAAUGUACUUCCAUUAAUUAUUUUUGAGUGGGACAAGCAAGUUUUCUUAAAACAAACAAAAGAACUUUCACAUUGUAGUGUCUG